AUCCUAUAACCAACCCAAAAAUCCCAUAUUGAAGUUUGUGUAUAUAACACAGUUAAGAGAAUGGGAGCUAACUUGACAACUGAGAGUACUGGGAAUGGAUUCUCCCACAAAAAGAUAUCAUCAUCAACAAUGGUUGUCCCUGUACAUUCUCUGGAUCUAUGGAAGUCUUACAUUGCUGCCUCCAAAGUCAACAAUAAGCUGUUGGUGAUCGAGUUCACUGCGACAUGGUGCGGACCGUGCCGAUACAUGGAACCAGUGAUGACAGAGUUUGCUGCUAAAUACAGUACUGAUGCUGAUUUUAUCAAGAUUGACGUCGACAACUUGGCUGUUGUGGCGCAGCAAUUCGAGACAAGUGUACUCCCCGCAGUUGUACUGGUUAAGGAUGGCAAAGAAGUUGAUCGAGUUGCGGGGGUCAAGAAAGAUGAACUGCAGAAGAAGAUUGAGAAACAUAGGAAAUGAUAGCAGCAAGCAGUACAAUGCUGCAAUACCUAAACUAAGGUCCUAUAUGACCAAAAUAAGACUCUGCCACCGCACUCUAGUCUUGUGUUAUUCCAUAUUUGAUAUAAAAAAAAAUCAUACUGAAGUUUCUGCAACAUGUAUCCGAUUCGACUAUGAAGUAAUAAAAAAGUUCCUCCUAG